UAUCACAAUGGUAUGGGUUAAUGAAUUGUUGUAUUUGUUUGAAUUGACCUUACUUUCAAGUUUUCAUCCAACAUAAUGUAUGAGAUUUAUCUAAACUAGGCGUUCAUUUGUUGUGGUCUACACUCUACAUGUACAAAUAUACAUUAUAGGAACAAUAUCAAGCUUUAUAUUUUAUGAGUCUAAAAUGGAUGAAUGUUUAACUCUUGAGUGAUUAUUCAAAGUAUUAAGUAUGUGUAUAUAUUAGAUAUAUGACUAAUUAUUUAUCUGGUUAAUUUGGUUUGGCUGGUUAUGAGUGUCUGAAACUAAACCAAACCACCUAAACCAAACAUUCAAAGAACUUUAACCAAACCAAACCAAACCAAUUAUCCAAAUUAACCAAACUAAAUUAUCCAAAUAGUACUGGUUAAAACGAUUACCAUAGUAACCACACCGUUUGAACACCCCUAAUCUCAACAUUAUAAAAGAAAACAGUAAAAAAAUAAUUAAGAAACUUAAAAUUGACCACCAUUCACCAAGCUAGCACAGGAUGAGCUGGCCUCUGACCAUUUUUUCCGAGGGUUGACCUUUACGCACAUGCUGGCUCACAGACCGCGUACCAAACGCGCCAUUACAUCUUCGCCGCCGCCAAGAAUCCCGGCGAGGGUCCUCAACUGACCUCCUUCUCGCCCACAAAAAUCCAGCUCGGUUUCCCCCCUCCGGCCGCGAUGAGCAGAUUAACCCGGCGAGUCCAAAUCGACGACCCUAAGUACGACGACGACGAGAGGAAUGGCCAGAACGGAGGCGGUGAGGAGGAAGGAGGAGGCGCGACGAAGCUGAGAUCGACGAGCAGCAACGUGAGCGACGACCAGGAGCCCUUCAUGGGGGUCAAGGUUCGACGGAAGGCGUCGCUCCACAGAGAAGUUAAAGGAGAUUACAUCGACGUGCCUUCGCAUCCUCGCCUGAUGAAGAUCUUGCAGAAACAAGGAGAUAAGCACAUACUAUUUGCGGACAAAGUUUUGAAAUUCACUGCUUCAGGGAAGAUGAAGCGGCGGAUAUUGCUAAUAACCGAUUUCGCGAUUUACAUCCUUGAUCCGGAGAACGAUGUGCUCAAGAGGCGGAUUGCAAUGGCUGCAGUGGAGAAGCUGUGCUUGAGUGAGCUGAGUGAUAACUUCUUGGCAAUCAUCAUCCCGACGGAGUAUGAUCUUCUAAUGGCCAGUACCAGAAAGACGGAAAUCGUUACUGUUUUAGUUGAACAUACCAAGAGCUCUUCGAACUAUGAGCUCGAUGUGGAAUUCUCCAAUAGCAUUGAGUAUCAGGCAGCUGCCGAUUUGACUAAGGAAGUUCAGUUCGAGGAAGUGGAGGGUGGUGUCAGAACAAGAAUCCUGAGGAAAUGAGACUGCAACCCGUUCCGAAUCUCAAUCCUUCAUAACUUUUAGACCACCUCAUAGGGUGACUCGGAUCAGAUCAAUGUAAAGGCGAGAUGUAGUAAUUGUUCAGAGUAUUGAUGCCAACCAGGUGUGAGAAUUGUUUACCUUUAUUAGUUUUUGCUGCAUAUAUAUAAAGACAUCAAUUUGUUUGUACUACUGUAACUAUGGGAAUUGGCUUGCUUGCUGUCCCUUUUUCCUCUUGAUUUUGCAUGUCCAUUAAUAGAACCAAGUGUCUGUAUUACUUUGCAGCUUGUACUCUCUGAAAAGAGUGAUAAUAAUCUCCAGAAUUUGUC